AUGGGAAAAGGGGGCAAGCAAAGCAGUCUUGCCCUUCUGCAAAUCAACCACACCGCACACUGUUCUGCCCCACCAUACAAUACAAAUCCAUUACCCCACCCUGAUCGCAACGCGGCGUGGCUGGUCGCCAUGGCUCCCUUCUGGGAAUUCCGCGUUCACUCCGAGCCCAACCGGCACCCGCAGCUCGGCAGAAAGCCGCGCCCCAGCGCGCUUCUCAUCCCCGAACCCAUCGACCCUCCGCCCACCCCGCGCCCCUCCGCUUCCCAUCCCCCACGCCCCUCCGCGCCGCUCCCUAAAAUCCGCAACGAGCCUCUGUGGUUCAAUCAGCCGCCGCUUUUCAUCUCCAGCCAUCCCGUAGCCCCCAUCGCCGAGCCGGUCGCCUCGUUUCUUCGGCCGUCUCUUGCGCCGCCCCCAGCUCCGCGCCCUGCGCAGAGGCGGAAGCCGCGCCAGCGCCCGCCGCGCCAGCCUAAGCUCUGGGACCUCCUCCCAGAGCUUCCUCCCGCGCCGCGCCCCUACAAGGUCUCUCAACCCUCCGUCGGCGACGUCGCUUCCGCCCCGCUCGCACAUCUUCACGGCCAGCCGUUUGCGUCGCCGUUCUGGCAGCCGGCCCCGCGGAACCCUAGCCGGCAGGUGUCAAUCGGUUUCCCGACAGCGGGCGCUGGCGGUGUUAUAGAUCUCUCGACAUGGGGCUCCGCCAAAACCGCAGCACGCGGGGUAGGAACAGUGCGGAGGGGGGAAAGGCCGGGGGAAAUCCCGCAGAUCCAGUCGCGCGAGGGGUCGACAGCCGCGGCGCCAAUCGCGGCGCGAGAGUCAUCCAGCCAGUUGGCGCCCGAUGCGGUCUGCGGAGCUGCCGCUUCUUCCAGCUCUCGCGUUGAGGAUUUCACACUCUCCGUUGCUGCACCCUCCUCAAUGGAUCCCGCACGGGGCAGGCAGCACAGAGACUCAUGCACCUGCUCGGUGGACUACGCCUCUCUCUGGGGCUCAUUGCUCUCUGCUGCUGCAGAAGUUGCAUUGGUCGUUGGAGACGUUGCUUCGCUCAUCGCCCCUCAUUCACCCACACCUCUUACACUAACAAGCAGUGCCGGCAUUCCUCUACCUGCAUCUGCUAUAAGACCCACUGUGACCAGCAUUGCGACUCUAACUGGGAAGGGUGUAGGGCUGCUGCAGGAUAGCAGUCCUUCGUCGGUCCUCCAAAAUCCUGUUUCCGAUACCUCAUCGGAGCUUAGCCCUGACACGUGA